AUGUCUACUCAAUAUCCAAACUCCGCUCAACACGAAGCAGUCUCCCCUCAAAUUACUGGUGCCUCUCCCCAAAUAGGAACUGUCUCUCCUCAGAUCACAGGCAUAACAAAUACGCCUCCACCAGCACACGACGCUCACUCUCCCGUACAACCUGAUACCACGACCGCAAGGCCCCAUCAAGAAACAAUCGAGAGCAUGAACAGUGGUAUGGAAGUCAUGGUUCACCCCCCAAGCUACAGCAACGGCGCUGCUCCCAGCCCCGGCGUCAACGAGAAGUCGGGGUAUCUAGGCCACGACCAACCAGUUGCGCAGCCCCAGCCAACAUAUGCCCAAAAUUCUAAUCCUCAAGGUUUCGCGCAGAACAACUAUGCACAGCCCCCACCACCCGAAGGACACUAUGCUCAGGAACAGCAGCAGCAAAAAGGCGCCAAUGCUCCAGCAGCUCCCAGGAACAACUAUCAGAUUGCGACGCCUUUGGGGUCUCUGCAACAAGGUCCUUCGCCGGUAGAUUGCCCCGUGUGCGGUGUGCGGGAGAUGACGAGGACGGAGUUUGUGUCGGGGGGUACUACACAUCUUUCCGCGGCGCUUUGCUGUUGUUGUUUUUGUCUAGGCUGUGUGCCGUAUCUUGCGUCUUGGUUCAAGGAUUGUGAACAUAAAUGUGGCAAGUGCGGGGCGAUUCUCGCGAUUUGGCAUAGAAGUGGGCGGACUGAGGUUCUGGCUCAUGGACACCCGUAG